AUGGAGGAGCCGCAAACGGACGACCAGCCGUUACCAAAUGGACCAGAUACUGAGCUUGAUGUCACAGACUUCAUGGUUUUGGGUUCCGAUGUAGAAGUGAAAUUUCAUGUAAAAGAGGAUGCAAAAGGUGGGCAACAGCCAUCUCCUGAUUCUGAUGCCGAUUCAGGGCAGUGCCCUAUGGAUGUGGAUUUGAAAGUAAUACCACCUGUGGAAGAUGAAGGGGAAAUCAAGUCUUCUACGGUCCCACGCGCGCAAGUACCAAUUGACAUGAGUGUUGAAAGCCUGGAGAAGUUUUGUAAAGAAGCAGCAAGAUCAUUCUUCAGUGAAAGAGGACUAAUCAGUCAUCAGAUAAAUUCCUAUAAUGAUUUUGUCUCCCAUGGACUCCAAGAGCUCUUUGAUUCUCUAGGGGAAACUACUGUUGAGCCUGAUUAUGAUCCUUCAAAGAAGAUGGGUGCCUGGAGACAUGCAACCAUCAAGUUUGGCAGAGUGAAGCUUGGGAAGCCAGAGUUUUGGGCUGAUAAUAGUGAUCUCGAUGAGCAGGCACUCAAACUGAAGCCUGUACAUGCUCGCCUCCAGAACAUGACAUAUUCUUCUAAAAUCAAUGUAGAAAUGACUGUUCAGGUUUAUUCACUCGGGCCAAGCGAAAAAUCGAAAACCGGAAAGGAUCCGUAUAUCCAGAAGAAAGUUAUAUUACCUCCAGAAACUAAAUGGGUCACCAUUGGCAGGUUGCCUGUCAUGGUGAAGUCAAAAUUGUGCUGGCUGCAUGAACUUAAGGAAACUGAGUGCCAGUAUGAUUCUGGUGGAUAUUUUCUAAUCAAGGGAACGGAAAAGGCAUUUAUUGCCGAAGAACAGAAAUGCUUAUCCAGGAUUUGGGUGAGUAACCAACGGGGUUGGGAUGCUUGUUACUUGUCUCAACUCAAACGAGAAAGGAUCUAUGUUAAGCUUGUUGAUUCUAAAGAGGGUGACGAUUUCCGCAAAGUGAUCAACCUGUCCUUCUUGGGUGCGACUAUACCAAUAUGGAUAAUGUUUUUUGCACUAGGUGUAUCAUCAGACAAGGAGGCUUUUGAGAUGAUUGACAUACAAGAUUGUGAUUCUUCUUUGGUCAACAUAAUAUCAGCAACCAUUAAAGAAUCCCGUGAACAAUGCAAGGGCUUCCGCGGAGGAGAUAGAGCCCGCCAACUUGUUGACAAGUUCAUCAGAAAAACAAAGUUUCCGCCAGAAGAUUCAUUUGAUGGGUAUGUUGCCAAGUAUCUGUUUCCUGGUGUGGGCGACAAUAGGUGCAAGGCACUUUUCUUGGGUUACAUGAUGAAAUGUCUGCUAAUGGCCUACUCUGGUCAACGCAAAUGUGAUAACAAGGAUGAUUUCCGUAACAAGAGGCUAGAUCUAGCAUGUCAGCUGCUUCGUAGAGAACUUUGGGUACAUCUUAGGCAUGCAGAGAGACGCAUGGUUAAGAUAAUGCAGAGACAUUUGUGUGGUGAAGGUGACUUACAAGUUCUCGAUCAUUAUAUUGAUGCCACGAUUGUUACCAAUGGUCUGAACCGUGCCUUCUCCACUGGUUCUUGGCGCCAUCCAUAUUUAUAUGCAAGGUGCUCAGGGAUUGUUGCAACCCUUAGGAGAGCAAAUCCGCUUCAAAUGAUGUCUGACUUGAGGAAGACUAGACAAUUAUCUUCAUACUGGGGAGGAGCUGGAGAUGCUAGAUAUCCGAAUCCCUCCUAUUGGGGAAAGCUGUGUUUCAUGUCCACUCCGGAUGGUGAAAAAUGUGGUUUUGUGAAGAAUCUGGCUGUUAGUGCUGUGGUUAGCUCUGUGAUGAGGGAGUCUUUGCUUGACUUAUUUGUCUCUUGUGGAAUGAAGAAACUGGAUGAAGUUCUUUUACAAGAGCUUGGUGGUAAAGACAAGAUUUUCUUGAAUGGAAAUUUGGUUGGUAUGAGUGCAUACCCAGGCGAGUUUGUUACACAUCUAAGGAAUAUGAGACGUAGCAAGCAAAUCGAUCCACAGGUGGAAAUCAAAAGGGACAAGCAACACAAAGAAGUUCGUGUCUUUUCUGAUGCAGGGAGACUUCUAAGACCACUUCUUAUAGUUGAGAAUCUUAAAAAUAUCACUAAACCGAAAGGUGGAUCAUACUCAUUUGGGGAACUGAUGGACCAAAAUAUAAUUGAGCUGAUUGGUGUUGAAGAGGAGGAGGAUAUCCGAUGUGCCUGUGGAGUUAGGGAUCUCUUGUCUGGGGACAAAAAAGAGGGUCUUUUGUACUACACUCAUUGUGAACUUGACCCUUCCUUCGUGCUAGGGUUGAGUUGUGGUAUCAUUCCCUUUGCCAACCACAAUGCUGCUCGGAGGGUUUUGAUGCAAGCUGAAAAACUAUCACAACAGGCUAUUGGCUACUCCUCUACAAAUUCUCAGUAUAGGGCUGAUACCCUUUUUCAUCAAUUGUACUAUCCACAGAGACCCCUGUUUAAAACUGUAGUGUCUGACUGUCUUGGUGAGAAAAACCAUAAUAGACCAGAGUUUUUCAAUGGCCAAAAUGCAAUAGUUUCAGUCAGUAUUCAUCAGGGAUUUAACCAAGAAGACUCCCUGGUAUUGAAUAGGGCUUCUUUAGAGCGUGGCAUGUUCCGGACAUUUCAUUUCAAGAGCUACAAAGCACAGAUAGAAAACAAAGAGGUGACCAGACGACUCAAACACAGGGAAAAAGUUGAAUUUGGAAAAACCCAAAGCAAGAAAGGACGUGUUGACAGUCUGGAUAUUGAUGGCUUACCAUAUGUUGGAGCAAGUCUUCAGAGUGGCGACAUUGUCAUUGGGAAAGUCUCGGAAUCUGGUGAAGAUCAUAGUAUGAAGCUUAUGCAUACUGAAAAAGGGAUGGUGGAGAAGGUUGUUCUUUCAGCUAAUGAUGAUGGGAAGAACUCUGCAGUUGUUACUCUAAGACAGGCUCGCUCACCUUGCGUUGGAGACAAGUUCGCCAGUAUGCAUGGCCAGAAAGGAGUUGUUGGUCUCUUGGAUUCUCAGGAGAACUUCCCGUUUACUUGCCAAGGAAUAGUUCCAGAUAUUGUGAUAAAUCCACACGGAUUUCCAACUCGUCAGACUCCUGGUCAGCUGCUUGAGGCUGCGUUGGGCAAGGGAAUUGCCCUUGGUGGGAUGACCAAAUACGCAACACCAUUUACCACUCCAUCUGUCGACGUGAUCACGGAGCAAUUGCACAAGGCUGGGUUUUCAAGGUGGGGAGGAGAGAGUGUUCUGAAUGGUCACAAUGGCGAAAGGAUGCAGUCCUUGGUCUUCAUUGGCCCAACCUUCUACCAGAGGCUGACCCACAUGUCUGAGGACAAGGUGAAGUUCCGUAACACCGGGCCUGUUCACCCGCUCACGAGGCAGCCGGUGGUGGACAAGAAACGGUUCGGCGGUGUCAAGUUCGGGGAGAUGGAGCGCGACUGCCUCCUCGCCCAUGGUGCCACGGCCAACCUCCAUGAACGGCUGUUCACACUCAGUGACCUCUCACAGCUGCACAUCUGCCAGGGUUGCGAGCGGGUGGCCAACGUGAUCAUGAGGCCUGUCGAAGGGGGCAAGACGGUCCGUGGUCCCUACUGCGGGUUCUGCAAGUCGGCGGAGAACAUACUGCAGAUCAAGGUCCCUUACGGCGCGAAGCUGCUCUACCAGGAGCUGUUCAGCAUGGGGAUCUGCCUCAAGUUUGAGACCGAAGCCAGUUAG